GCUGCUCUACGUCUUCGGCAUACUGCGGUGGCAGCAGGGCUGGGCGGGCCAGCGCUACAGCAACAUGGUGUGCCUGGUGACCACCUGCGUGGUCAUCUACAGCGCGCUGAUUACUCCGUGGUCGCCGUGGACAGCCAGUGGGGACAGAGAGUCCACAUACGGCUCGCUUAUGGACACGUGCGUGGCGAUCGGCUGCCUCGUCAGCCUGACCUCCAUGCGGCGCAAGGGCAUCCACCGCCUCCUGGGCCGCUGUGCCGACCGCCCCCUGGAGAUGAUCGCCAGCAAGUACGGCAUCCUCGAGGAGUGGAAGAGGGACUCCCUCCGGAGCUUCCUGGUGGUGGCCGGCUCCUUCUGCCUGGAG